AUGAACUGGCUCGAAAAAUAUCUUGUUACUCGCGGAGGACGUUCAAAGCCUACAAAUAUUGAGGCGCCGAAGUUUGAGUGGCCUGAUUCACCUGUCGAGCCUGUGGGACCCUGUCGAGAGGCUAUGACAGUACAGAGAAAGCUUUUCGACGACCUGCAACGGUUGUGCACUCUAGCUGAAAAGCACCAAGAUACUGCACUAGUAACCGCCUUGGAGACGCAAUAUCUACGCAAACAUGCAAAGCAUCUAAAGAACCUUGGUGAUCUCUUGCAGCAAGUGGCUCGAGCCUCAAAGCAACAGGGGCUAGGCCUAUACGUCCUGGAUAAAGAACUACGCCAUAGUAAUGGCUGCAUCCCAUGGCAGUCCAUGAAUGACCCUGACUCCCAUCAUGAAAGGGUCAGUGUUGUUACAAAGAAGAUUAGCGAGGGACUUUUGCUUCACCCGCAUGCAGCACAUCAUGAAGGAGGAUGCCAUGAGGGGAAGAUCCCAAGUCAUUAA